GCAGCUACUUUUUUAUCAGUGAACUGCUGCCUUUGCCUGCUACUAUCGAGAGGUGUGAAAUUGGAAGCAAAGAUCAGAAAUGGAAGCGCUUACGUUGGUUUCCAGCAGCAAGUGUUUUAAUGGCCUGCAGAAAGUCUACAGUCACUUCAGUGAAACACUAAAAUGCACAAUGAAGUUUGCAAUCUACUUGCCGCCUAAAUCCGAAGUCGCCUCCGUGCCUCUUCUUUACUGGCUUUCUGGGCUGACUUGCACUGAACAGAAUUUUAUACAGAAAGCUGGAGCCCAGAGGUACGCCAGUGAAAUGUCAAUAGCUAUAGUAUGCCCCGACACAAGCCCUCGUGGAUGCAACAUUGAAGGAGAGGAUGAUAAUUAUGACCUUGGCACUGGUGCUGGCUUUUAUGUGGAUGCUACCCAGGGUAAAUGGAAGGAAAAUUACAAGAUGUACUCCUAUGUGACAAAAGAGCUGCCUGCCAUAAUCAAGAAAAACUUCCCUGUUGACACUACCAGACAAGGCAUAUUUGGGCACAGCAUGGGUGGUCAUGGUGCACUUAUUUGUGCUCUGAAGAAUCCUGGCAUGUACAAGAGUGUGUCUGCAUUUGCACCCAUCUGCCAUCCUACUGAGUGCCCCUGGGGUAAAAAGGCGUUUUCAAACUAUCUUGGUGAGGACCGUGCUGCAUGGGAAGAGUACGAUGCCACCUGCCUCGUGCAAAAGUACAAGGGGCCACCCCUGUGGUUCUUUAUUGACCAGGGCAAAGAGGACAACUUUCUAAAAGAUCAGCAACUCCUUCCAGAGCAUCUACUGGAGGCUGGACAGAAGAAUGGUGUGGGCAUCACGCUGCGAAUGCAAGAGGGUUACGACCACAGCUACUUUUUCAUUGCUUCAUUCAUUGAAGAUCACAUCAAGCACCAUGUUGCAGCCUUGUGAAGAAAUCGCCUUGUACUACAUGACAUAAAAAAAUGCAAUUUCCGUUAUUUCAA